AUGGCUGCUGCUGCUCUGGUCAUCGCCGUUCUCUGUAGCUUCAGUUUGGUGUCCUCAGCUCCAGAGAGCGCCCUGGUGACGCACCUACCAGGAUUUAAUGGGACUUUCCCCUCCAAGCACUAUGCCGGGUAGGGCCUCCUCUCCAGCAUCUCAUCUGUCACUCCUGUUCUCUCUCCCUUUCCCCUGGUUCUGUUCUUCUCCUUGGAUUUAACGGGGACAGGAUUCGCCUGUAGAUACGUGACGGUUGACGAGAAGAACGGGAGGAACCUCUUCUACUACUUCGUCUUCUCGGAGGGGAACCCUGAGGAGGACCCUGUCGUACUCUGGCUCAACGGUGGGCCGGGGUGCUCCAGCUUCGAUGGAUUCGUCUAUGAACACGGUAGAAACCUUGUUUUGACACUAUGGGAUGCUCGAGCUCCUACAGUCUGACCCCUUUUAUGCAUCAAACAUGAAGGAAUCCCUCUGUUGAUGCCUCCUCUUUUAGUUUUCUUUUCCUGACAGGAGAACCACUUCACGCUAUGCUCGCAUCUUGUUUCUUAUGCUCUUCUUGCAACUGGAACCGAGAAUCUGAUUUGAUUUUUCUCGUAGGAUAGCAUCUGAAUCUUAUUUCCUCUGACGUCCUGCAAAUGCUUGUUCAGGCUGCUUGUAUAUAAAGUAUUUUUCUUGGAAGUUCUCUUCUUUCAAUUUGCAUUUGAUCCGUUGUGAUCUUGUGCACUAAUGCUUCAGGACCCUUCAAUUUUGAAGCUGGGAACAGGCCGGGCAGCCUUCCACAGCUGCAUCUUAAUCCAUACAGCUGGUCCAAGGUAUUGCUUUUGAACAUUGAUAAAUAAGCCUUCUGAGUCUGGCACUUUUAUGCCAGAGGAUUGAUAUUAUCGGUGGACGCGAUUGAAAGUUAUGCAACAGUUAAGUGCUCGAGAACAACAUCUUUUUUGUCCAGGUUUCUAGCAUGAUAUACUUGGAUUCCCCUGCUGGUGUUGGUUUAUCAUACUCACACAACCCGGAUGAUUACACUACUGGAGAUCUGAAAACUGCGUCAGAUACCCACACUUUUCUUUUAAAGGUAUUUGGAUAAGGGCAAAAGAAAAAAAAUGUGGAAGAAAGAAUUGGGAACAUGUCCUUCGUAAUCAGUUGUAUUAUAUAUAUAUUUCUGAUUUUUUUCACUCGAUAAACUGUACCUACUUAGAUUUAUCUUUUCUUCUUCGAGUAAAAGCUUGGGGAAAUUUCUUUCGUUGGCAAAAAAUGUCAUGAUCCAUUCAUUUCUAAUUAAGUAUUUUUCUAAAAUGUUGUGCAAGCAGUGGUUUGAACUGUACCCAGAGUUCCUUGGAAAUCCAUUUUUCAUCUCCGGUGAGUCAUUUGCUGGAGUAUAUGUUCCAACUCUUGCGUCUGAGAUUGCAAAAGGUACCAAUUUACCUGCUUUGCUUUCUGGCUCUCCUUUUGAUACAUGGUACAUAACUAUAGCUCUCUAUCAGGUAUCCAAGCCGACCUAAAACCUGCUCUUAACUUUAAGGUCCUAACCGUCACCUCUCCUCUUAUUCUUUCUUUAUAAGGCGUUGACCUUUCCUAAUGUGAAGUUGCUCGAAAAUUUUUAGGGUUACAUAGUAGGGAAUGGUGUCACUGAUACAGUAUUUGAUGGAGAUGCUCUUGUACCAUUUGCUCAUGGAAUGGGUCUCAUAUCAGACGAUCUUUAUCAGGUAAUUUUGCAUUCAUCUUUUUUUUUUAUUCCGUUGUUUUUUAACAUUCUAGGUCAUAAGAUUGUCUCAUGAACAUGAACAGAAAGUUAAUUCUGCCUGUCAAGGAAGCUACUGGAAUCCAGUCAAUGAAACUUGCAUGACUCUGCUAGAUAAAGUUGACAAGGUAUACAAGCCGUUAAUGUUCCUUUAGUGGGGAGUCCCAUUUAUCGAAGUCACCACUUCCCACUAACUACAGUUGUUGACUCCAGGAAGUUGAGGAUCUUAACAUAUAUGAUAUCCUGGAGCCCUGCUACCACAGACCAGAAAUCAAGCAAGUUGUGCCGAAUGCCAGGAGGCUGCCAGAAAGUUUCAAGAAUUUGGGUCAUACUCACAGGCCUCUUCCCGUGAGGAAGAGGAUGUUUGGUCGAUCUUGGCCUUUGAGAGCUCCAGUGAGAGAUGGACGGGUUCCAACAUGGCCAGAACUAGAACAUACCGAAGUACCUUGCACAGUGAGUGCUGAAAAUCGAGAUAUUAUCUUCUAUUUGCUUUAUUUGUUUAUUUAUUUGUUUUUCUUUGUAAUAUCUCGAAAUUUAUUCUUUCUUCUACUAAAAGGUGUAUGCGUCUUGAAAUCUAUAAUCAGCAACGAAAUCAACUCAUAUUUUGCUUCUGCUCUCCAUUAAAAAACUGCUGCUAUUUCAAGCUAUCCGUUGACUGUUCAAAGCCUCCCACUGCGAUAUGAAAUUAUCAUGCUGAGAGUUUUGAAGAUGAUUUAUUUGACAUCCAUUUAACCAAGCUUUGUGGAGACACCCAUUGUACAAUCUUUGCUAAAGAGCAUGCUUGUGGUAUGCUCUGUGUAUAUUGAGAAAUGCCUUUGAAAUGGAUAAACUGAAUGGUGGAGACCGAUAAAUAUUUACCAUUGAGAUGUUUAAUUUCAAGUUUUAAAUGACUUAUACUAGGGUCAGAGGUGAAUUCUUGUAUUUCCUUUUAUAAGCCAUAAACCUAGCACAGACUUCCAACAGGGAAGAAUUUAUUAAACAAAAAUUCCUCUUGUUUUUGUUGCAUUCACUUUGUUUUUGUUUAUAAUGAGCAAAGUAAUCAUAUGUUUACUACCCACAUUCGGCAUCAGACGAUUUAUGUUUAAUGUGGACAGCUAUUAAAUGUUCUGUAACAGUAAUGUUUAAAUCUCAUGUUCUUUCAUAGAGUGAUGAGGUUUCUUCUGCGUGGCUGAACAAUGAGCUGGUGAGGAAUGCAAUUCAUGCCCAGCCGGUACAAGGAGCUUGCUCUCUCUGUUAUUUUUGGUUUGUUCUUCUUCAAUGGCAUGGAGAUUUAAUCUAUUUUGGUACCACACCUUAGGAAAAUGUCGUGGGUGCCUGGGAGUUGUGCAGUGGUAACAUUAAUUACUAUCAUGAUGCUGGAAGCAUGAUCAAGUAUCACAGGAACCUCACUCUUCAAGGUUAUCGUGCACUUAUAUUCAGGUACUUCUUUGUCUAGUUAUCUGCGUCCUUUACUUGGACUGGUAAAUGUUGCUAAGGUUCUUUUCGGGAAAUGAAAGUUUUGUCCUGUAAAUUCUCCAAGAUUUGUGGGAGAAAGUUGUAAAACUUGGGUCGGUGUCUUUGGGAACACUGGCCAAGCCAAUUCGCAUAUCAAUGAUGAUCAAAUGUCGAUGGUGGGAAACUCUAAUUUGACCUAAUUUGUCUCAUAUGAACAGUCAAAUGACGAUAGGGAUCAUUUUGACACGCUUCAGUUAUUUAAAAAUAUGAUAAACGGAACAAUCUUCAUGUCUAACCUUGGUGGCUUUAUUUAAUGGCUUCGAGCAUUUCAUGAUUUUAACAUUUUCCAACAUAUUUUUUUAAUUUUCUGGCUCUGUCACCUGAGUGCAAUGCCUGCCAAACGAAUUUAAUCAUAAAUCCAGGAGACGAUCAUAUUUUUGGAUCUCAUAUAUUAUUUAUUUCCUCAUGGUAGCUUUUGGAGUUCAGUUUGGGCGUUUACUCUAUAGUUAUGUACGUUUGAUUCUUUGAUUCCAUUGCUUUAUGUAAUCCACAUUUCUUUCUGAAGGGCUAUCCCUAAGAUUUUAUUUUUCUCAUGUGUGUAUGUAGACAAUGCUAAUGUUUAUUUUUCGUCAUGGCUGAGCCGCCCUAAAUGGUGUUGCAAUAACUGGUCUUUUAUUUGGUGUCAGUUCAUUAGGGUCUUUCAUAAAUUUUGCAUUGUGGUGCAAACAUCAGGUGAAGCUAAUUGUAAAGAAUUUAAUUCAUAUGGAAUAUUAGUGUAGAUGAUCUAGAUUGGUACAUCAGGUACUCUCACCUUGCUUGGCAUCUGGGUUUCAGUUUCUAUGCGCUGUCGUUCAACUUAUCGAAUGGACACCUAACCUUUGUCUCAUUUGCUAUCUUUUCUUGUGAUGUAACAGUGGUGACCAUGACAUGUGUGUGCCAUUUACUGGGACCCAAGCUUGGACUAGAUCGAUGGGCUACGAAGUUGCUGAUGAGUGGAGGCCUUGGAUCUUUGAUGGACAAGUUGCUGGGUAUUUAUUAUACAUCACCUUUUUCUGGGAAAAUAAACUUGGCUUGUAUAGAAUUUGAACAAAAAAAUCAUGGUGACGCUUUAAUGAGAAACCAGAUUUGGUGCCAACUUCCUCAAAUCAUUGCAUGGCAUAGCGGAUUCAAAAUUGUACUUUUUUCAAUUUCUUUCUUCUCGAAAUUGAUGGUUAUUUACUGGAUUUCAUUUUGAACUGCUGCAGAUACACUCAAGGCUAUGAUCAUAACCUCACGUUUCUCACUAUUAAGGUACCCAAACUUUUGAAUCACUUUUUAAAACAUAUUAAAUCUUAUUCUCAAACUUUUAUUUUUAAUUUACCGUUAGCAAUCACCCUUACAGUUCAAUUUACUCGAAUGUUGUUGUCUAGUCUCAAAGCUAACCGUUUCUGUUUGAAUAUCUCGGAAGGCUACAUUUCCUUGCAUCAAAUUUUUUUCUUUCUUCCCUGUCAAACCCCCACAGAAAUCUCGGGUAGAUCAGAGAUUUCCUGUAAAAUAUGAUAUCAUCUUUACGUGGUUGGCUGUUGAUCAGAGAUUGUAGAAAAUCCCCAAGUAAGUGCAUAUAAGUUGGUUUGGGCUUCACUUUUUUGAUGGUUGAACCCCCAGAACAGCAUCCUGGGAUCAUGCUGGCAUUGGAGUACAACCUUUUGAACGAAUAAAUGCCCUAACCGCUCAUAUUCCACACACCAAAACACUGUGGAAAAAGUUUUAACAUGAUUCAAGAGUCCAACAUGCCAUUGAAGUAUAUAGACCAGCCCAAAAAAUAUGUACCUUUUGUGAAGUUUUUAAGAUAUUCGCAGCAGAAAACAUGCCAGUUCACAACACUGAUGAGCAGUAAUUAAUAUAUCUUCAAUUGCUUUGGCCCUCCGGAGAAACUCAGACUACCAUGAGUAGAAUUACCUUCGUGGGAUUCAUGUUAGAUACUAAAUAUUCCCAAUAUUUUUCUGCCCUAUUCGGGCCUGGGGUUGGAUUGGACUCUGGGGAAAUCAAAUGAUGAUCAUUCAAAUAUUUCAUCUACCUGCACGUAUCGCGUCUACAUAAUUGGACUGACUGAUGAUGGUGUUUCCAAUCCUAUCAACCGAUCCAAUCUACCAUGACUCAGAGACUCCAUCUCUGAUUCAAAAAAUGAAGUGGGUGCCCUCUAUAUGGGACAGCGGACUAACUAACACCUGAGCAUACUAAUCUGGAUAUAAUUUCUAUGGCUGAUUGUGUUAUUUUUCCUUUUCUUCUGGUACAGGGCGCCGGGCACACCGUCCCUGAGUACAAACCUCGAGAAGCCCUGGCCUUCUAUUCUCGCUGGUUGAAUGCGGUCCCCAUCUGA